CCGCGUGUGAUCGAGAUGGCCCAAAAGUUUCUCGGCGAUUUGGACGAGAAACAGCCACCCAACCAAGACCAACCUACCCAGGAGCAACCUAGCAAGGAACAACCUACCCAGGAGCAACCUAGCAAGGAGCAACCUGCCAAGGAGCAACCUACCCACCUGCCGCGUGUGAACGAGGUAGUCCAAAAGUUUCUCGCCGAUUUGGACGAGGAGCGCAAGCGAUUGUCCGCGGAGUUUCCACUUUGCGCACUGCUAAUAGACGAGGCUGUGGACCGUGUCUACGGCACUGGUCAUAUUCCCGGCAAGGAGCGCUUUUCAGACGUGUACCAGCAGAAGCCGAUGAAGAUUACCCAAAAGGUCUUCGUGCCCGUUAAUCAGUUUCCCAAGUUCAACUUCGUUGGCAAGAUCCUCGGGCCCAAGGGGAACUCACUGCGUCGCCUUCAGGAGGAGAGCCAGUGCAAGAUUGCCAUUAAGGGUCGCAGUUCGAUCCGCGAUCGUAACAAAGAGGAGCAGCUGCGCAGCUCCGGCGACCGGAGAUAUGCCCAUCUUGAGAAGAAUCUCUUUCUGGAGGUCAGCACGGUGGCCCCUCCGGCGGAGUGCUAUGCCCGCAUAGCCUACGCCCUGGCCGAGAUCCGAAAGUAUCUUAUUCCAGACGAUAACGACGAGGUUUGGCACGAGCAGCAGCGCGAGCUGAUGGAAAUGAAUCCCGAGUUGGCCAAAAACACUAAAGGACUCAAUCUGCCUGCCUUUAGAUCUGUCUUUGAAAAGAUGAUUGGAGGCAAAAGAACUGGGGUUGCCAAGUACAACAAACUGAUUAAGCGAGAUAAGGAAAAUCCGCCCAAAUCUGUCUUCGACGAGACAUUUGGAGGCAACAGAACUGGGGUUCCCAAGUACAACAACCUGAUUAAGCGAGAUAAGGAAAAUCCGCCCGAAGUCGCCGAUAUGGAGGAGGUGGCCUAUGAUUAUGAUGAACAUCGUAUGCCCCCCAGUCGUCCGUCUGUGGGCUAUGAGAACAUCAUACCACGUCCAUCAAUAAUAGCGACAAAGGCUGCGCCAUUUAAACGUCCAUAUCCGUAUCCGACUGACAUGAAUCGUAUGCGCGAACCGCCCAUCAAGUCCUAUAAACCCAAUUCGCAUACAAUACUUAAAAAGUUUAUAAAUAAUAGUGCUCCGGUUGAUUUUGUCGCACCCCGCUAUACAAGAAAACAAAGGACAAUGCUUGCGUUAUAAAAUCCAUGCUGGGAGCACAUUGAAAAUACUUUAACCAAGAAGAAAGCAGCAUUCAAAAUGAUGCU